AAGAAAAAGACAAAAACAUACAACAGCGGGUAUUCGCUAGUGGUCACCCACCUAACUACUAAUCCGCCGGUACGCUGCUUAAAUAUGGCUGAGCGAACGGGAAGCCUUGUAUUCAGCGUCCUAUGGUCGUAUGUGCUAGUAAUAGCGCGAUUUGGCAUAAAUAUAUGGCUCAUUCGUCGGUCAGGGUUCAUAUGUACCAGAUAUGCCUCUGCCAAGCAUAUAUAUAGCUUAGUUUUAUUCAACAUAUGUGGAAUCUCUGACUUAAAUCUUCUUCCAUGCUUAACAACCCGCGCAGAACCACACGCUUUUUUUCUCGAUUCGGCUUUUCCCGCCUGCUGUGGCGUCUUCCUGGCCACAUCUCGUGCAGGAUUGAUCACUAGGGCAUCCACGUCUAUACCAGGGCAUUAA